AUGGGGUGUUGUUGCUCUCGUGGCGAGGCCGACGACGACGUUAACAAUGAACAGAAGGGAGAUGCACAACAAGGUUCUCGACAUGACGGCGCCUCAAAAUCCACGUCUGCCACCCUCGGAACCGUCUUAGGCCGACCGAUGGAAGACGUUAAAUCGACCUACAACAUCGGGAAAGAAUUGGGCAGGGGUCAGUUUGGGGUCACACAUUUGUGCACACACAAGACGACCGGGGAACAAUUCGCGUGCAAGACGAUAACCAAGAGAAAACUGACGAACAAAGACGACAUCGAAGAUGUUAGAAGGGAAGUGCAAAUCAUGCACCAUUUGACGGGGCAGCCGAACAUUGUGGAGCUCAAAGGAGCUUACGAAGAUAAGUAUUCGGUUCAUUUGGUGAUGGAGCUGUGUGCCGGGGGAGAGUUGUUCGAUCGGAUCAUCGCAAAGGGGCAUUACACCGAGCGAGCCGCGGCGUCUUUGCUAAGAACAAUUGUUCAGAUUGUGCACACUUGCCAUUCUAUGGGGGUCAUCCAUAGGGAUCUCAAGCCUGAGAAUUUCUUGUUGUUGAACAAGGAAGAAGAUUCACCGCUCAAGGCCACAGAUUUUGGUCUUUCUUCGUUUUACAAGCCAGGUGAAGAAUUCAAAGACAUUGUUGGGAGUGCAUAUUACAUUGCACCCGAAGUUUUGAAAAGGAAAUAUGGACCGGAAGCUGAUAUAUGGAGCAUUGGAGUUAUGUUGUAUAUUCUUCUUUCUGGUUUUCCACCUUUCUGGGCAGAAUCCGAAACUGGGAUAUUCAAUGCGAUUUUACGAGGGAGAAUAGAUUUCAAGAAUGAUCCAUGGCCUCAAAUUUCAACUCAAGCAAAGGAUGUUGUAAGCAAGAUGCUGAAUUCGGAUCCCAAGGAGAGGUUAACCGCAAGCCAGGUUCUAAGUCAUCCAUGGAUAAAAGAGGAUGGUGAAGCACCAGAUACACCACUUGACAAUGCAGUGUUGAACAGGCUGAAACAGUUCAAGGCAAUGAACCAGUUUAAGAAAGUUGCUUUGCGGGUAAUUGCUGGGUGUUUAUCGGAGGAAGAAAUCAUGGGGUUGAAAGAGAUGUUCAAAGGCAUGGAUACCGACAACAGUGGCACCAUUACACUCGAAGAAUUGAAGCAAAGCCUUGCCAAGCAAGGCACCAAACUCUCUGAAUACGAAAUUCAACAACUAAUGGAGGCCGCCGAUGCAGAUGGAAAUGGAACCAUAGACUACGAUGAGUUCAUCACUGCCACAAUGCAUAUGAACCGAAUGGAUAGAGAAGAUCAUCUCUUUCAUGCUUUCCAACACUUUGAUAAAGAUAACAGCGGGUAUAUCACGAUGGAAGAAUUAGAUCAAGCUCUACGUGAGUAUGGAAUGCAUGACGGCCGAGAUAUAAAAGAAAUCAUUUCCGAAGUUGACACCGACCAUGAUGGAAAUAUCAACUACGAUGAAUUUGUAGCAAUGAUGAGAAAAGAAAACCCUGAUCCCAAUCCCAAGAAACGACGUGAUCUUUUCGUUUGA